UCAGUUUAGAAAAUUUCCCCAUGGACAGAAUCAUUCUAUGGGUGUACAUACAAAAUUUUAAGAAGAUUAUCAUAAUCAUCUUCGAACGGAGCGAAUUAGAGAAGACUCAAUGAAGGAAAAACGUAUUUUGUGUAGACACGCAAGAUAUUUUACAGCCUACAAUCGACGAACAAUCAUUCAAUGAUAAGUACGAAAAAACGUGUAAUGAAACUCGACGAAUUUUUCUCCUAGAAUCGUAUCCUGAACGAAAAUUGCGAUACGCACAUAACCUAUUUUACUCGUAUUACAAAUGCACUUUCGCGAAAUCGAUUCCCCCGCAAGAAAUGCUUAUACGUACAUGGGAUCUUUGUACGCAUGCAAUUUCAGAAUCGUAACUGGAGCAUGGAGGAAAACUGAGCAUGUCGGAUUAGAAGUUACGACAAUGUGGAGGGCAUAACCUCUCUUCGCACCUCGGCAACUCUCUCGAGUUGCAAAGUCCACCUGUAGUUUCCGCCUUGCCUUUGUUCGCCGAGAAUAGGAAACACUUUCCGUUUAUAAUUCUAGAAGGCAGGCAGUCGCGGUUCUACGCGUAAUGACUGUAACGCGAAACGCCGCUGUUAUUGAUUUCGCAACAGAGUAUUUCCUCUCCUCCCUCGUUCAUUUCUCCGUCGCGCGGGCAAAACCGCGUAUUUUUUUUCACGUUCGCGCACAGUUCAACUGUCAAUGCCAUACACAAUCGGGGAGGGAAAAAGCGCGAGGCGCAAACGGGUUUCGGAUUUCAUUCAAAAAUAAAAUGCUGAGACGCAAGAGAUCGACGUGCACGCGAUCGGGUUCUAUUUCAAGAUUCCUUUCGCAUAGCUCGCAGUUCCCGUGUCCCCGGUAUAUCUUUUUGAAUUCACCUGCGCAAGCACCUCCGCGCCGUCGUAAAUAUUUCACGUGACGCACGGUAUCGCGUAUUUUAUUACCCCAUUCAUAUCACAAAAGUUAUACCAACCAAUUUUUAUUCCCGUGCGGAACCAUUGCGCGCUUUAUGGCUGCAAAAAUGAGCGAUCCGCCGGGAAACCACCAGUCCGCUUUUGCUGCUUCACGGGUGAGAUUUCAAAAGAGAUUGUAUCCACUUCUGGAGAGCUAUGUGAAUAAAAUGCACUCACCUUUCUUCUGUUGUAAAAAAAGCCAUAAUAAUACACGUUUUGCGUAUCGCAGUGAUUUUAUCAUUUUUCCGACAUUAAUGUCUAAUAAAAAUUCCAAUAAUAAAUCUAAUAAUUCAUAUUAAAAAUUCCAUUGAAAUCAGCUAAUAGCCUGUUAUAAAUCAAAUAAUUAAUUUUUAAGUAACUUUCGUAGAAGUUGAAAACAGUUCUGCGACUUACAAUUAAACUUUACAAUCUUUAUUUAUCAAACGAUAUUUGUCAAAGGAUAAUUUUUAUUUAAUUGGAUUUAUAAUUUACAAGUUAAUUUAUAUCUUUUUGGAUACUUUAUGGCUGUUCAUAUAUUUGAAAUUAAAAUCAAUCUUCUUUUUCGCUCCGCCGCCUUGUUCUCGAGAACCGCUUGUUCGUAAUACCGCGCCAGUUUCCACCACCACGACACGCGUUGCUUCAACAUGUCGGUCGUAGCAGUAGCGGUGGCUGCAAUCAAUUGUGUCAGUGCGAGACGAGGACGACGCGUAUCGAGACUGUCUCGCUUUAGUGCGGUCGUCAGUCCGUGUUGCGUGACUCAUGACUCGGAUCGUGCAACAAUCGUGGAAGCGAUAUUGUGCGUCUCACGAUCCCCGAAAUGGCGUUGACUUGCUUCAUCUGCGAACGACGUGCCGAAGACGCGCAGGAGAUACCAUCUGACGUAUCUCCUGAGAGCGAGGAUCACUUGAAGAAGUGGUUGGAUGCGAUUGGCGAGGCUGACGGAGACACGCUCGCACAAUUGUCAUUGUGCUCGCAUCAUUUCUCACAAGCUUGCUCCGCAGGCUUGAUUCUAGUGGACAAUGCCAUUCCGACUUUAGAACUGGCGCCAACUUCCUCCGACCCGAUCGCGAAAGCCGCAGAGAUGGAUCGAUCGUCACCGCAGAGAGAACCGGAAACCGAACGAUCGCCCUCGCCACUAUUGCAUUCGCAGUCAUCGUCGAUCAAGCGGCCAAUCAUCACAAAGGGACGGCGAAUUCACAUGCUGCCGGAGGAGGAGAUGAAGGAAAUACAGCCGAUCAAGUACGUGCGCUACCUCAAGAGCGUCAACUGGGACGAGAUCUCGAAAGUACCGACGGAGGCAAAAAUCGUCUGGGAGGUAGCGAUGGAGGAGCUGAAGGAGAACAACGAUAAGAUAAAGCAUUUACAGGCGCAAGUUCGCCAACUUAGUGCGACCGUGCAAAAACUUAAGAACGCAUUGAAACGAAAAAGAAGAGCAAAUGCCUUUCGUUAAGUUUUUAUAAGCAUAUUUACAUUUGUAAGUUUUAUAAAAGAGACAUUUUUUUUUAAUGUAACUCUUUUAAUCUUUCUAGACGAUUGUUACGUGAAAUUAAUAAAAAAUAAUGAAACAUCUUGCAAUUUUCGCAUAAUAUGAUUUUAAUUGCUUGCGACUAAAUGGAAUUCUUUCUUAUGACUUAUGACGUUAAAAAUAUUGAAACUUUAUCGGUACAUUGAGAGGAAAAACAAAUGAUUGUGAUUAUUCACAGAAUUAUAAUUGUAUUUACUACAUAU